AUGAAGAUCCCUGAGUUCGCUGCCAGCAACUGUGAUGUGGAGCACGACGACACUGUGGACAGCACCAUCGACUGUGAAGACAUGACUGAACGCUGUGGUCUCCUGAAUGAGACGAUCUUCAGUUCCUGUCACAGCCACACCGACCCAACGCCCUACAUAACCGCCUGCGCCGACACUUUGUGCAGUUAUCCUGACGUGGACGGUCUCUACUGUCAGUUCAUGGAGGCCUACGCCAGAGCCUGCAGCCUGCGGAGCAACGACACACUGGACUGGAGGACAGAAACGGGCUGCUCCUCCCCUCAGGUCUUCUGUCAGGACAGGAUCUGCAGUGACCACGAGUUCUGUGCUCAGACAGUCGGUGGUGAACCCGCCUGCUUCUGUCGCGCCAUUUUUGCCUCCCCGUACAGAUCGACAGACUCUUAUGGUGAGCCAAUGGUCUGCGACCAGACCUCUGCUUCAGUUACUCUGGUCGGGUGUCUCCUGGAGGAAAAAGGCUUUGACUACACAGCAUUACAUCUCAAUGAUGAGACCUGCAGGGGUGAGACAGACGAGCUGACCCACAUGGUGACCUUCAGCUUCAACAGCAGCAACACCUGUGGGGCCGUGGUCACGGCAAACAACAGCCAACUGAUCUACAAGAACACCAUCACCAGCUCCUCUGAUGUCAUCAGUCACAACCAAGUUAACAUCAACUUCACCUGUGUCUUUACUCAGCCAGACAUCAACAGUAGGUCCUUCAGAUUCAGAGACAGGUGAACAGUGGCUGUAAACUUUGUGUUUUGAAGUUGGUUGCCAGGAUGUUUGUGAGUUUAAGGCAGCUGAAGUGUGUGCACUCUGCAGCUCUGUAGUCCAGCAGAUCACAUCUGGAUCUU